AUGGCAAAGCACGGAGCUCUCCUGUUUUCUUAUGCUUUCUCCAUUAUUCUGUUGCUCACUUUGAGUUUACCGUCUGAAGCCGCUGAUCAGGAAGAAAGAAAGACGUAUAUUAUCUACUUGGGAUCACUUCCUAAGGAUGAGCUGUUCUCGCCAUUGUCUCACCACAUUGGUAUUCUCGAAGGAGUUACCGAAAGCAGCUCUGCUUCGAAUCUCUUGGUCAGAAGCUACAAAAAAAGCUUCAACGGAUUCGCUGCAAAGCUCACUGACCGAGAAGGAGAAAAGCUUGCUAAGAUGAAGGAAGUUGUCUCUGUGUUUCCGAGCAAAACUUACAAACUCCAAACAACAAGAUCCUGGGAAUUCUUGGGCUUCAAUGAGAAGCACAAACGAAAUCCUACUGUCGAGAGCAAUGUUAUUAUUGGUGUCAUCGAUGCUGGGAUAUGGCCUGAAUCUAAAAGUUUUAGCGAUGAAGGUUUUGGUCCAGCUCCAAAGAAGUGGAAAGGAGUUUGCAAAGGAGGCAAAAAUUUCACUUGCAACAACAAGAUCAUUGGAGCUCGGUUUUACACUGAUUCCUCAGCUAGAGAUGAGAAUGGUCAUGGAACUCAUACUGCCUCGACCGCAGCAGGAAAUCCGGUAAAGGGUGUGAGCUUUUAUGGACUGGGGGAGGGAACUGCAAGAGGAGGCGUUCCCUCUGCGAGGAUUGCUGCAUAUAAAGUUUGCAAUUCUAAAGGUUGCUCUUCAGAAGGGCUCUUGGGUGCUUUUGAUGACGCUAUUCAUGAUGGAGUUGACAUCAUUACAAUUUCAAUUGGAGCCGAAACUGCAGCCCCUUUGGAUCAGGAUCCUAUAGCAAUCGGUGCUCUUCAUGCAAUUGAGAAAGGGAUACUAACCUUGCAAUCCGCAGGAAAUAGUGGCCCUGACGGAGGUUCUGUAUCAAGUGUAGCACCAUGGAUUCUUGCAGUUGCAGCAAGUAGCACAGAUCGUCGCAUUAUUGACAAGGUUAUUCUUGGAAACAGGACGCUUGUCGGUAGUUCAGUGAAUGCUUUCAAAUUAAAUGGAACAAGUUUUCCGUUGAUAGAAGGCAAAGAUGCAGGUCAAUGCUUGGAUUGUGAAUUAGGUUGCAUGGACCCUAAUUUAGCUAAGGGAAAGAUUGUGGUAUGUUCUGAUCCUAGGGGCAGUAUUGAAGCUCAUCGAGUCGGCGCAAUAGGUGCGCUAACUAGCACUACCAAACCCGAUGUUUCUUUCAUUGUCCCACUACCUGCAGCAAGUUUUGGCAGUAUAGAUUUUGGCGCCGUCGAGUCAUAUCUCAGCUCCACAGCCAACCCUCGAGCAAAGAUACUAAAAAGUGAAGUCAUAAAAGAUCUUGCUGCACCUACUAUCGCUUCCUUCUCUUCACGCGGGCCUAAUUCUAUUUUACCUGAAAUUAUCAAGCCGGACAUAACUGCCCCGGGGGUUGAUAUUUUGGCUGCAUAUUCACCUGUUGCUCCUCUCACAGAGAGCUCUGAAGACCAGAGGCAUGUAAAAUACAGUAUCUUAUCUGGAACCUCCAUGUCUUGCCCGCAUGCUGCUGGUGUCGCUGCGUAUAUCAAGACAUUCCACCCCAACUGGUCUCCAUCUGCUAUCAAAUCAUCUAUUCUUACUACAGCUGGGCCUGUGAAUGGCACCAACAAUUCCACCUCACCGGGCGAAUUUUCGUAUGGAUCUGGGCAUAUCAAUCCUAUAAAGGCUGUAAAUCCGGGGCUUGUGUACGAAACUUCUAAGAAUGAUUACAUUAAGUUGCUAUGCUCUAUCUUGGAUGAGUCCAAAGUUCGACUUAUUUCUGGAGACAAAGGCCCUUGCUCUGCAAGUACUGGCAAUAAGUCGGCCAAGGAUCUCAACUACCCUUCGCUGGCAGGUAAUGUUUCUCCGGGAACUUCAUUUUCGAUUAAGUUUCCAAGAACAGUAAAAAAUGUUGGCGUUGCAAACUCCACAUACAAGGCAAAGAUCAUCUCAAAGCUGGGAGUUAACAUCAAGGUGGCGCCUCAAGUUCUUUCCUUCAAGUCUUUGAAUGAGAAAAAGACCUUUAAUGUGACAGUUUCUGGAAGAGGUAUGCCAUAUGGUUCGUAUGUAUCCGCGUCAUUGGUGUGGACGGAUGGCACUCACAGCGUUCGAAGUCCAAUUCUUGUAACCAGCUUCUCGGCUUGA